UCUCCAAACCCAAAAGAAAAGAAGAGAAGAAAAAAAGUACUUGACUUACUUACACAAAGCGCCAAUGGCCAUGUUGGAUGUUGACUUUAAGCUCAGCCUCUCUCUUCCCGGUACUCAAACCGGAGCCACCAAACGCUGCCGCCGCUUUCCGGAGGAGGACACCGUUGAUCUUCUUCAUUCCAAGGCACAGAUGGUGGGGUGGCCGCCGGUGAUGAGGGCAAACAGAAAGUGUGGCGUGAAGGUGGGUGUGGACGGAGCACCAUAUCUAAGAAAAGUGGAUCUUGAAGUGUAUGAGAGUUAUGAAGAGCUCUUCAAGGCAUUGGAGACUAUGUUUUGUUGCUCAACCAUUAUUUGUAAUGAGAAUAAGGUGAUGGAUAAUUAUAUGCCAACUUAUGAGGACAAAGACGGUGAUUGGAUGUUAGUUGGCGAUGUACCUUGGGAGAUGUUCGUUGAAUCAUGCAAGAGAAUAAGACUCAUGAUAAAGUAGACCCCUUAGCUUGGCUCACUAAGGUAUACCGUACUGCUCAACUUAGAAGAAUAUAAUCUAGUUUAGUUAGCUAAAUUAGCUAUAUAUAUAGUUAUAUGAUAGUAAAUAUAUAAGAUCCAGAGUGUAUAUUAUAGACAGACUACAGACACUUCCCGCUUUGGAUUGUUUGUGUAUUUGUAUUCUGUUUUUUUUUUUUAAGUAUAUUUUAAGAUUAUUAUUCUAUUGGUAUAUAUGAUGUUUGUUAAUUAAUGAUAUGGUUU